AUGACUCGUGGUCCGAUGAAGCUGCAAGCGAAAGCGAAGAACAUGAAGAAGAAGGAAGAGGCGAAGAAAUCCGCAGCACACGAUCAGAAAGGAGCUUGUCUCAAGUCAUUAAUCUACAAAUGCAGUGUUUGUAUGGUAGGUUCUAGUGUUGUUCGUGCUUCACACAUAUUUUUUUGA